UCGUACACGUGGACUUUGGCAUCACGCCACAUCAUUUCUCUCUUAUUUCCUGGGUGGUUUCUUGUCAUCGGAAUACCCCCUUUACGAGUUUAAUAUGCAUUUCUUGAGGCUUCCCCGGCUGUGGAAGAGAAGCUAUUCAUUGUCUGGGUUGGAAGCAAAAGAUAGAACCGGAGUUUCGAGUACACAGCAUUGGCGUUCUCUUUUUUGGUGCUUUGCGGAGCUGGCGGAGAGGCACUUAUUAUGUUUUGUUCCCUUCUUAUUUCUCUUUUUCCUUUUGUCUCCCCUGAUUGGCUACAGACGCCCAGGGAUUGUCUAUCAUCAUACAUCAGCAUGCAGAAUAGAUUUGGCUCAGAGCUUGCAUUGGUUCGCUCCAAGAAAAAAUCGUUGUUUAUAUUUGUCGACGGGGGCCGUCCUAAUAAUCAGCCUCUUUCUUGCUUUUAUUUUAUCUAUGUGUCUGUGAUGCGGCUGUCUCUGCGAGGUUGCGGGCUCUGGCCUACUGUCUACAUUAACGACGGGUUUGGGUCCUCUUGGAGGCUUACGCCGAGUAUCUGCGCAUCUCUCCAUAGGUUAGUAAUACGCGGAGUGAAGACCAGGCUAGGUUUCAAAGGCAAAGCAGGUGGGUGGGCUUGUUGGUGUGUGUGUCUAUCAAGAGCAAGCUAGUCGGGCUGUCCCCUGGUUGGGCCCAUCCCAGAUUCCCAAUUCGCAAUCAUCCCUAGCAGCGAUCGGGAGAACCGAGGAAGGUUGUCAUGGAUGGUUUGGCCAGCGGCGGGGACAUGUGGAGAG